AGUAAAGACGCAUGAUUGGGAAUUGGACACACAGUGUCUGCACUGCCCCGAGUAUCUCAAUGCACAACGUCGCGUCUUCCCCUUCACUUGUCAUGCGAAAGAGCACCAGAUUGAUUCAAACUCUUUGCACGUUGGAACUGGUGUAACUGUUUGUAUGGCCUUAUGAUAUGAUCCCCGCUCCGUGGUCGCGUUUUUUUGAUGUCAUGCAAAAGCUGCAUGCGAACUGACCUGCUAUCGACGAUAUUCUAUUUGCUUUUCAUCCCAGUGCGAAUGCGGGCGGGGGGAACAUCAAGUCGUGCAUUUUCAUAGCGGCAACUUAAAACACUACACCGACUUCUUCGACCAGAGACUGACCACAAACCCGGCUGCCACAGUAACUGGGAUCGUUAUUCACAUCGACGGUUUUCAAGAAACCCUCAACGUUUUUUUCCGAUUGGAAGCCACACU